AGGCGGCGCUGGGCCAGAGAGGCCCGCCGCGGGAUAUUCCGGGGCGGUGAGAGCGGUACGACCCUGUGACUGGGGGAAUGGGCGUCACGCUCCUCCUUCUCCGCUUCCUUUCUCUCCUGCACUAGGGAAGGCGCACUCCCCGGGGUGGACGGGGAAAAGCCGGAGUGGGAGGAUUUGCCAUGGCUUUCUUUGCUGGGCUCUGGUGCCCCUUCACCCGUGCAGGCAGAGCCCUCAGCCAGCGCAGUUUCAGCACCACUGGGAGCCUCGAUGCAAUUCAGAAGAUGACGCGCGUACGUGUGGUGGACAACAGUGCCCUGGGGAACACCCCGUACCAUCGCCCUCCUCGUUGCAUCCACGUCUAUAACAAGAGUGGGGUGGGCAAGGUGGGUGACCGGAUACUGCUGGCCAUCAAGGGACAGAAGAAAAAGGCACUCAUUGUGGGGCAUCGCAUGCCUGGUCCCCGGAUGACCCCCAGGUUUGACUCUAACAAUGUGGUCCUCAUUGAGGACAAUGGGAACCCUGUGGGGACCCGAAUUAAGACACCCAUCCCCACCAGCCUGCGCCAGAGGGAAGGUGAAUUUUCCAAAGUGCUGGCCAUUGCUCAGAACUUUGUGUGAGCAGUGGCCAGGCCACUGGCUGCACUGGGACUCAUGGGAGGGAACUUGGGGCCUCAUGCCAGGGAACAGUGUCCUGUGAAAAAAUAAACCUUUUCCUGUGUGUUCCUUCCUGA